AUGCUAAUAUGCGAGCUGACCACAACUGAAAUUUUUAGCCUAUUCGCUGGUGGAAUAUUCGUAUUUCCUCUUCUAGCACCGGCUUUAAUAGAGCAUCUCAAACUUACUCAGCCUCAAUUAAGCUCGAUAGCUUUAGCCGGGAUGGCCGGUCAAUAUCCGUUCUCAUCCAUCGUUGGAAAGCUUAUUGACCGCUAUGGACCUCGAGUCUGCUCAUUCCUCGCCGCUAUUAUGUUCUCUGCAGCGUUCGGUCUAUCUGCGCUGGAAGUAUCCUUAUCCUCAGCACGCUCCAGCCUUCCGAAUGCUGCCGUUGCAGAACGUUUGACUGUAUACUUCGCGAUGGCUGGAUUAGGAACGGUAUUAUCUUAUUUUUCCUUCGUCUUCUCAGCUACCAAGACUUUUACCAGCUACCUCACUAUCGCUUCUGGCAUCACAAUGUCAAUGUUUGGCCUGUCUCCUCUAUUUCUAUCCUACGUCGGCGGAAGAUUUUUCUCUGAUACCUCUACGGGCUCCCUGGACGUGACUCGGUUCUUGCUAUUCCUUGCCAUAUCUACCGGUAUCGUUCACCUUGCUAGCGCCCUUGUUCUCACCGUUCCUUCAACAACGACAUCUCCGUCAUCGUCUACUUUGGAAACAGACAGUAUCACAAACGAACGAAGCCGCCUUCUAGAUAGAGGUCAGUCUCCACAUUGUACGUCCGACCCCAGGGAUAGUAGUGCACUCGAGUUACUACGGGAUUCUAAUUUCUGGCUCCUUGCGUUAUAUAUGGUGAUGAUUCUCGGAGUGUGUGAAAUGAUCAUGUCCAAUGUUGGGACUAUUGCUCUAUCAUUACCAUCCGGGAUGGCGCGAACGCUGGUCUCGAAGGGUGAACAAGCAGCGUCCUUACAAGUCAAGAUUUUGUCCAUCUCGAAUACUUUAUCACGGCUAUUAGUGGGCCCUUUGGCCGACUUCAUUUCCCCAGUAUUCUCUUACCGGCUUCUGGUAGGAUUCGCCACUACCAGGAAGCAUCGUAUAAGUAGAGUCGUGUUCUUGUCCGGGGCAGCCUCGCUUCUGGCCGCAUCAUGCGCUUGGAUGGUUUUUGGUGUUCGAACCCGUCAUGAUGUAUGGCUUUUGAGCGUUGGAACAGGGAUCACCUACGGAGCAGUCUUCACUGUCCUUCCGGGUGUUACUUGUUCAAUUUGGGGAAUACGCAAUCUAGCGCGGAAUUUCGGAAUCAUAACAUACUCUCCUUUCGUUGGGACCACUUUUUAUUCCUAUGUAUACGCGCUGAUAGUCGCUCGACAUUCGCCAAAAGGUAUGGCGUGCCAAGGAAGAAUUUGUUGGGAAAGCACAUUCUACUUUUGCUUGGGGACUUCCUUCGCUGCUCUAGCGAUUACUGCGAUCCUGUGGCGAAAGUGGUCUGGUAGAACAUAA